UGGCCCCAUUCGUCGAAAACAGCCGAGGAUGCUCAGCAUAAAAGCUCAGCAUUCUAAGAUCUUUUCUUUGUCAAUUUCUCAUUACAUUGUCGAAUCAUCAUCCUACUAGCGACCUACAUCUUAUACAAUGCCUUUCACCAACGACGGAGUGUAUUCUAUCAGAAACGUUGGCAGAAACCUCAUGCUCGAUCUCACGGCCAACAACACCACUGAAGGCACCCCGAUUCAAGGCUAUCCAUCAGAUAACAACACGGCCCAAAAGUGGGUGAUCAAGAGGCAGAACGAGCCAGGGUCCCCCAACAAGACUGUCACCAUUCAGACCGUCGACAGCGGCAACAAUGGAAAUGGAUUCUUUGCUACUGCGAGCGAGGAUUCGGAUGUACCAGUCGUUUAUACCAAGCAGGCGUUCAUCAUCGACCUUGUUGCACGCGACGACAAUACUUAUACUAUGCACUACACUCUCGGGAGCGCGAACCUGGUGCUGUCCAUUCCGAGUUCGACCAACAAUGCAGUGAAAAUCGAGAAUUACGACGAAGGAACUGCCCGCCAGCAGUGGGAAUUAAUUCGUCUUUCUAAUCUCGCCCCAAUCGCCGGUUAGUUAGGUACCACAGUGACCUUGCAGUGUUCAAAGUCAGCACUGAGCUAUUGGAAAUGUUCUCGCAUAUGUGUACUAGUACUACGUCUCGUGUCUGCUUCUGUCGUUUAUGUGUAUGUUGAUGAAUAGGAUUGCUUUGGUCUGGCUC